AUGACGAACCCACAAGACAACCCUGUAACUCCUUCACAGCCUACUCCUUCUGAUUCAUCUACCCCUUCUCCACCCAGCACAACUCCCCAACCCAGACGAAGGAGAGUAAAAAUGCUUGCUCGAAAAACAGUGGCUUCUGGUGCUCUUUCAAAGAAAUUGAAUGAGAAAUUAAAGGCAAGCCAGGUCCAAGAUUCUGAUUCUUUCAAAUCUGCUAGUGAGGGGGAAGGACCUGGGUCUUCUAACUCUGAGAAGGCUCAAAAAUCCCCUUCUAAGGUAAGUUCUUCUUUGACUAAAAAUUUAGAACAUAGGUUUGUAUUGGUUGGACCUAUAAGGGAUGUGGAAUUACCUGAGUUAGGUAGGAGUGGAGGUAAAAAGAAAUCUGGAAAAGAAAAGGAGAGAGAGGGUGAAUGUGGUGAAGUGAGGGGAAAAGGGAAAGGAGUGGUUGAUCAUUCACCCACUGCUGAAUUGUCUAUAUCUGCUAUUUUUGGGGUUGUUCAAAAAAAUAUUAAAGAAAGUGGCAAGAAGUCAGGGGGAAGCGGUUCAAGGGAGACUAAUGAAGGGCUACUUAAUUUAAGCUCACAGGGAAAUGAACCUGGUUCAUCAAUUGGAGAAACCACAGCAGACCUUCUGAAAAAUGUGGGUUUACGAUCCAAAGAAAAGAAGAACUCCCACACCAAAACCCCUAGUGCUGCUAAACCUUCCAAGAAACGAAAGGUUUCCUCCCCAACUACCACUGAAACUGACUGGCCAAAGGGAAGAGCCACAAGAAGCAGGGUGAAAAAGAGUGAGAGUGAUCUACAAAAGGGAAGAUCCACAAGAAGCAGGGUGAAACAGAGUGAGAGUGAUUUACAAAAGGCUUUGGCUGAAAGUAAGAAGAAAAAGAUGGAUAAAGGAAAAGGUAAGAUUGCAGAGUCCUCAGAAGCUGUUGAUAGGACAAGGUCUGCAGUAAAAGGGAAACAAGUUCGAGUUUCUAAAGAUGAGGAAUGGAGUGGUGAGGAAGAAAAUGAGUUUGAUUGUGAACAAGACAAGCCUACCAAGUUUGGCAAAAGGAACAUUUUGAAGGGAAGAUUGUUGAAAGAUUUGGUAGAACCAGGAAUGGUUCGUUUGGUUGACACCUUAGCAACUUAG